UAUGGUGGCAUCUUAAAUUGCCAAGUUUAUCAAUGCUUGUUCAAUCAAGUGAUGCGAUUUCACUUUUAUUGUUUUAAAUUUUCCAAUUUCUCAUAAGAUUUCUUGUGUUACACGCCCGCAAUAGCCCCGACAGUUACCUAAACCGUGUCUACAGACUUGAUAAUGGCUAACUGGACAGCUCUCGGCUCCAUAGUCCUCCCCAACCUCGGCGGCUGGGCGAACGGCCUCUACUUCGCCGGGCAAAUCCGCAAAGGUGACGAGAAGACCUGGUACGAUCAGCUGAACAAGCCCACUUGGACAGCACCGAAAUGGAUCUUCGGGCCCGCGUGGACAGUCUUGUACAGCAGCAUGGGUUACGCUUCGUACAGGGUCUUGGAAGAGUGCAGCGAGAGUCCCGAGAACGCCGUGUUACCGCUAUCUUUGUAUGGUAGUCAACUUCUCUUGAACUGGGCGUGGACGCCCAUCUUCUUCGGGUUGAAGGACUUUAAAUUGGCAUUCAUUGAAGGCACAGUUCUAAUAGGCGCCGCUACAGCGACCGCGGUUUCCUUCGCGGUAGUGGAUAAGAAAGCAGGCCUACUAAUGGUGCCCUACCUCGCUUGGUUGGGUUAUGCUAUGUCGCUGACCUACUAUAUUUGGAAGAAUAACCCACAGAGCAAAGACGAGAAGACAAACUAAAGAUGACACAGUAUUACGCACGCUGACUUAAUCGCCUGUCGUCAUUCAAGCAAAGUGUUCUUAGCUUUAUGAGCAACGCAACAAUAUCUAGCUAUAAGUACAAAAAUCUAGGUAAAAAAACGUCACUUAGUACCAAAGAUACGGGCAAUAUAGGAAUUUUUAUCAAUGCACGAAGUUGAAAUUUGAAAAAAGAACUUAUGUUGGAUUUUCUCCAUUUAAUGAAAAAAAAUGUACCUCACUACUUACUGGCUAAUAAGAAAUGUAAAUGUUUGUAAAACAAGAAAAUAUAAUGCGAUGUAAUUGAAAAAAGAACUUGAAAUUUUAUGUUUGAUAAUCUACGUCAAUUAAAAAAAAGUAGGUACUACUACUAAGUCUGUUGUCUAUGUCAUAAUAAAAUAUAUUUUUAUUUAUUCAGGCGAAUAUGUGAACAUAUAAAAAUGAAAAUAAACAAUUUACAAGUCUUCUGAUAAACUACGCAUUUAUAUGCUAACAAGCAAAUAAAUAAAGAUACCUACAUGCCCUCAGUCUUUAGUCUACAUUGCAGCUACAAUAUAAUUUUAAGUUUAAAAAUAUGUUCUUAAUUUGAAUAUUAAUUUGAAGAGGAUACUUUUUGUUCUAAGUCAGUCUCAAGAUUUAAAUGCAUUAGCUCCACUUAAUUAAAAAAUAUAAGAUUAUAAAAAAAUAUCUUUUUAAUUAUCUGUACUUAAAAGAUUAAAAUGGAAGUGUCCUUUAAAACGGUUAAGCACAAACAAUUCAGCAUUCCUGUGGCAUUUAUUGAUUAAAUCUACUUUAUCAUAUUAUAUACCUAUCUUGUUAUAGUUUUAAAAAUAAUCGUGAGGGAUGCUUGUUUUCGAAUAUUUUUUUGUUUUGGAGGUUUAUAGUAUUAAUAAAGUCUGAUAUUCUGUC